ACUCGGUCGCAGCCAAAGUCCGGAGCGCGGGGUCCAGAUCCGGAGGAACGGGACUGCAAACGCGAGCGGCGCCGCGGCCGGGAGCCGGUCGCACCGGGCAUGCUCAGUGGCGCGGCCGGCUGGGUGGCCCGCGAGCUGCACCCGGAUCUGCUCGGCGGCGGCGGCGGCGACGUGAGCGCGCAGGGGGGCGGCGGCCUCGCCUCGUCUCUCUCUCUGCGUCUGGGUCGGGUGGGUGACGCCGAGAGCCAGAGAGAUGUCGGAUUUCGACAGUAACCCGUUUGCCGACCCGGAUCUCAACAAUCCCUUCAAGGAUCCAUCAGUUACACAAGUGACAAGAAAUGUUCCACCAGGACUUGAUGAAUAUAAUCCAUUCUCGGAUUCUAGAACACCUCCACCAGGCAGCGUGAAGAUGCCUAAUGUACCCAAUACACAACCAGCAAUAAUGAAACCAACAGAGGAACAUCCAGCUUAUACACAGAUUGCAAAGGAACAUGCAUUGGCCCAAGCUGAACUUCUUAAGCGCCAGGAAGAACUAGAAAGAAAAGCCGCAGAAUUAGAUCGUCGGGAACGAGAAAUGCAAAACCUCAGUCAACAUGGUAGAAAAAAUAAUUGGCCACCUCUUCCUAGCAAUUUUCCUGUGGGACCUUGUUUCUAUCAGGAUUUUUCUGUAGACAUUCCUGUAGAAUUCCAAAAGACAGUAAAGCUUAUGUACUACUUGUGGAUGUUCCAUGCAGUAACACUGUUUCUAAAUAUCUUCGGAUGCUUGGCUUGGUUUUGUGUUGAUUCUACAAGAGCGGUUGAUUUUGGAUUGAGUAUCCUGUGGUUCUUGCUUUUUACUCCUUGUUCAUUUGUCUGUUGGUACAGACCACUUUAUGGAGCUUUCAGGAGUGACAGUUCAUUCAGAUUCUUUGUAUUCUUCUUCGUCUAUAUUUGUCAGUUUGCUGUACAUGUGCUUCAGGCUGCAGGAUUUCAAAAUUGGGGCAAUUGUGGUUGGAUUUCAUCCCUUACUGGUCUCAACAAAAGUAUUCCUGUUGGAAUCAUGAUGAUAAUCAUAGCAGCACUCUUCACAGCAUCAGCAGUCAUCUCACUAGUUAUGUUUAAAAAAGUACAUGGACUAUAUCGCACAACAGGUGCUAGCUUUGAGAAGGCCCAACAAGAGUUUGCAACAGGUGUGAUGUCCAACAAAACUGUCCAGACUGCAGCUGCGAAUGCAGCUUCAACUGCAGCAACUAGUGCAGCUCAGAAUGCUUUCAAGGGUAACCAAAUUUAAGAAUCUUCAAACAAUACACUGUUACCUUUUGACUGUACUUUUUUCUCCAGUUACUGUAUUCUACAAAUAUUUUUAUGUUCAAAACACACAGUACAGACAGCAUGGAUAUUUCCUGUUCACUUGUGCAUGGGCUAAAACCAGGAAAACUUCCUUGUCUUAUUACUUUACCUAAUAGUUUCUUAAUAUUUCAGUGCCCCUUGCAGAAAAAUAUAUGACUUGCUAAAUAUUCUCCAUAUUUUUUGGGGGAUGACAUGUUCAGUGAAUUAUUUCAGUGGUGACCUACUGAAAUUAAUAAUGGUACUUAUGAUUAAAAUGCAUUUAAUACUAACUGCAGUAGUUCUUUCAAGAAUCUUUAGAGAUAAGGAUUGCACAUUGGAAAAGUAAAGCUAUGUUUUAUUCCUUUUCCCUAUUUAUAUUGAAACAAAUAGGCCAGCAGAGACUUAGGGAUUUUAAAUUGGCUUGCUUUUUAGCUGUUUCAGUCACCAGUGAAGAGCCUAUGUGCAUUUUGUGGUAGAUAAUGUAAAAUUUAUCAUCUUUUUCUUUUCUUUUUUUUGGAGUAGUUGAUAUUUUGAUAACAAUCUCUGAUUUGCAUGGGCGCCACAUUUCUGAUAUUAAAAGAAUUAGUAUUUUGGCUUCUGUACUGCUAUGGUUGUAGGAUUCAGGGGUUAAUGGAAUCACAGAUGUGAUUCUCUGUAAGAGUUUCUUUUAAAUAAAAAGUUUGGGGGUGCAAUAUAAGAAUUUAAUAUAAUAUGCAGUGCAUUAUCCAAAAGAGAAGGUAGUUAAUGCAAUAGAAUGUAGCGGUAAUAAUUUUUUUUUAAAUAUUCAGUAUUCAUAUAGUAACAUUUUGCUAUAUGAAAAACUUUGGUAUAUUCUGUGCUUACAGCUAAGAUUGUGUCUGGCAGUUCUUAUUUGGGGAUAUGUGUGUGUGUGAUUUUUAACAGAGGUAUUAAAGGCUAGCCUAACCCUUGUCUAAAAAUAAUGUACAGUAUUUAAGGGAUUUUUCUUUUAGUUUUUCAUCUCCAGUCUCAUUAAAAACAAAAAGGCCCUGGCAUUUUUUUUAUAUACUUGAAUCCCUAAAUGCACCUGUUUGAGACAGACUGAAUACAUCUAAAAUUUCCAGUAAUAGAAAAAAAAAUUUGAGUUGCACCAAGCAAGAAAAUUAUAAAUACAAUUAAAUGCAUUAUGAUAAUCAUGUUAAAAUUGUUACUGUGCAGCACAGAACUUCAUUCUUACAGUAUUCUUGGGUUAAACUUUGAAUCAAUUUUAAUACUGAUUAAAUGACUCAAAGACAUUUGUAAGUCAUGCUACCGUGUUUUGAAAGCCUUUAGCUAAUUUAAUUGCAGAAUGAUAGGUAGUGAUUAUUCGAUUAGAUUUUAAGUAAGGAUUGUGAUGUUGAAGGCUGGAAAUUCAUAUUUUUAAAAAAAUCAGAUAGGCAUAAAUAGUUAACUCACUUUCAUUCUCCCCAAAUCUGGAGUUACAGAAGAAGUUUUAUGCUAGAGGUGGAAUGCCUAGUUCUCACUAUCCAUGAAGCAGCGUUGCGUGUUACUAGGUAACGUAGAUCCAUCCAGAUGGUGUUUACAUUUGAUUUAUUUGGGACCCUAUUGACAUUAGGUGUACUUGGAAGACAUUUCUUUUAUUCUUCAGGGUAUGAAUUUAAAGCUGUUUUUGUAAAUAUUUCUAAUCAGAGAUGAUUUCUACCUGCAUUCUCAAUCAACUUAGCCAGUUUGUUUUUCAGAACCUGUAGUCUUAACUGGAAUUCUGUUUUAUCAGUGUGCUUUAUAGAGUGUAGAUUUUGCAUACAUUCAAAACGUUAACCAUAAAAUACAGCAAGAGCACUUAUAUUCACCAUUAACUUAUAUCCCAAGUCCAUUUUUUUCUAUACACUACAAACAAAAGGUCAAUUAGAGACUUUUGAAAAAUGCUGAAAUACUUUCCUUCAGAAUUGGAAUGUUUCUAUUAUGUAGAAAUCUCCAAAGGUAGCAUUAUUAAAUAGCAAAGAAUAAUUAGAACCCACGGUGUCUUUUUUGGUGUGAAUGGGAAAAAUGUUUUAAAAUUCAGUUAUUUAAUACAAGUUUGAGAGAGAAAAUUGUUUUUUUAAAAAUACAUGUGCAUUGAAAUGAUGGCAAUGCUUAUAGUCUGAUCAAGUAUGAACGGAGCUUUAAAUUCUUCCAUUUACUUUUCUCUCUCAGUAAAUUGUUAAAUUUUCAUUCGGCAAAGGAUUGGCGUUUGUUAAUGUUUCAUAUUUAAUACUAAAAUCACAGUCAUGAAAUCAUAGUCAUAAAAUGGUCUUCACAUAGUAGUCAUCUGUGUCAUUUUUCAGUUUAUAAUAUUCUGGCUGUUUUAUUUUAAACUAAAGCUUGAACACUGGGAAAUCAUUGCUCAGUGAUCUGUAAUUUGGGACUUGGAUUAUUUAUCUUGAGAUGUUUGUAUAUUUUGUCAGUAACUAAUAUCUCGCUGCCAUCAUGGCGACUGUCAUGGUUCUACAGAAACGCCCUCCGUGUGUCCCUCUAAUGUUGCAUGUUUCAGUGGGUUGGAAGUUUUGUAUAUUUAUUGUAUUAACACAGAGUGUCAUAAAAUAAAAUGCUGUUUACUGGAUGUUUGUUUGUAUAAUUUUGAACACUAUAAUAGCAAUUGAAAGACAGACAUUGUUAAAGGUUUGAUGUAUAUAGAAAUUCCAUGUUUGAUUUUUAAAAAUCUGUGUAUAAGUCUGUCAUGUGCUAAACAAAAUAAUAUCAAAGACUUAGUUAAAAACUCUAAGCAACAUAAAAUGACAGUUUUUCUGUUGCAUUAGACCUUUACAGGUAUUAGAACAUGAGCUUCAUUCGUAUUAAAUAUUUUGACCCCUUUAAGGUCAAAUUACAGAUAAUCUAGAAGUUAGAUUAAAAAUGAAAAACCUAUUCAUGGCUCAGAUUUUUCAUUGUGGAUUAAAAAUGAGUGUCUCUGUACUAGUAUUGUAUUUAUUCAAUUGAACUUGUAUUCUGAUUUCUAAUCUUGCUACCUACUGCUGUUCUAUGCACUGAUGAAAGUACGUAUUUGUGUUUUAUUGGAUUUUCACUUGGUUAGCUAAAUAAUAUGUAAAAAUACAAUCUAAAAUAAUGUUCAUGGUGAAUCUUAUUUUGAGAAAUACAUGUUAAAAAAGGAACAGUA